CUCCAGCCCCCGUGCUCUUCAGGGAGGACAGUGGGGACGUGUUUCUGGCCGCACGCCACACCAUGGAGGACAAACACAAAGUUGAUGAUUCUCUACAAUCGGCUAGAUCCGGCUGUAUUCCGAGAAGGAGAGUUCCCACUUGCUCUGAGGAAGCCAGUCCUGGCGUUGAUCAGUUACCUCUCCAGGGUCAAGGUGACCACGUGGCAAGGAGGCAUGCUCUAAUCAGGUCUGGAGUACGAUACACCCCCUAUCACAGUCCAUCUUCCAAGGAGGGUGACACAUAUCAAACAGGAGAUCUAACUCAGGGUAAUGUGGAGAGAGAGCGAAAAGAUCCGGAGGCAGGAAUGGAGGGGAACUGGCAGGAUGGAAGCACCCAGAGCUUCUCCAGCAUCACAAGCCCUCCCUUUGACAUCGCUUCUGCGGUACCCGAGGCUGUGCAGAAGGAGCUGGAGUCAAGAAACACAGAAAUGUUUGAAGGAAUGCCGACUCCAGAGGUGACCAAGAUGAAAAGAGAUGAGGGCUGUCAGGGAGCGCAUGACCUUCCUCAGGAGGUCCACUCAGAUUCAGAAGGAGUGAUGCACCAUGCUACUGAAAUGGGACUGAAUAUUAGAAAGGGCACGGCUUUCUCCCUUCAGAUCCAGGAGAACAUGCCCAAAAGCAACACCAGAUGUUACAAGAUGGUUGGCAUGCCCAACAGGGGGCAGAAGGAUCCCAACAUCCAGAGGAGGGACCUCUUAGAAAAUCAGGCUGAAGGGCAGAUUGACGAGGUGAAAGGGCUGGAGCCAGAAGAGAUGUGUGCGGGCAGAAAGCCUCUGUUCAUCAUCUCUCCGGAUAAGCCCAGCAACAUGAGCAGUGACCUCCUGGACUCGGUCCCCAAGCUAAUAAGCCUGGAUGAUCAGGAGUUGCCCUCACCUGUUUUCUCUGGCAUUGGGAAUGACAUGAAGUUAGCAGCCUGCAAGGGGAGUGUCUUUGAAUCAGAGGCCCUGAAGGAUCUAGUCUGGAUGUUCCUGAAUCAGUAUUACAUUAUCUACGAUGAUGGGGACCGAGUGAGUCUCCUGAGUGCUUACCACAACAAUGCCUGUUUCUCACUGACUACUCUCUUCGACCCUGGGGGUCAUCCCAUAGUCAGAUUGGCCAACUACUCCACGGAGAACAGGAUUUUGAAGGAGCUCAAGGAAAUUGGGCCAUGUGUUCACGUGCUGAAACAAACAAAAAAGGAGGUUGUGGACUUCCUCUGUGUGUUGCCCAGGACCGAGCAUGACCUCAGCUCCUUCGUGGUGGACACAUGUAUCCAGAGGAGAAGGAUGAUCUUCUUCUCUGUCCGUGGGAAGUUCAAGGAGGUUGAUAGUAUGUGUGAGCGUCCUGUCUGCGCCUUCAAACGGAACUUCCUUUUGAGGAUUGACAGUGAUUCCAGCAUGUUCAUCAUUAAUGACCAAAUGACUGUGACUGAAGUGAGCCCCAAAGAACCCCAAAGUGCCCCAGUGCCCACAGCCUCCUCCAGCUUUGUGCCCACCACGUCCCAGGAGCAGCAGGAUGUGCAGCAGGCCACCUCUACUGGGUCUGCCACUGACUGAGGUCUCAGAAGGUGCAUGCAUGAAGGGGCACGCAGACCUCACAAGGGAAACUCCAAAGGAACCAAGGUUCUGGUCACCUUCAUCAUCCCUGUGAUUCUCCCUCUUCUGUGCCACCCAACUUCUGUAACUUUCAAAAAUAA